AUGUCCAACAACAACAACCAUUCCAACAUCACCACAUCUCUUCCACUGACAACUCCUUCCAAAUCCAUCUCUUCUCCUCGUUCCAUUCCUUCUCGUCUGUUAUUCGGAACUCUCGAGAGUGGUGGUCUUGGUGCUGCUGCUGCUGGAGGAGGACUCACCUCUCCUCACUCUUCACGAAUCAAUGGAUGUUCUUCAGCAAAUUCUCCUCUCAACCUUCCAACUAGUUCGAACAACAGGAUGAUGAAUAGUGGCACUCCUCGAAUUCAUUAUCCACCUUCACCGACGACCAUUUCCUUGUUGGAGGAUUCCGUUCUGUUUCAACAACAACUCUCACCCAAACAAAUUGAUGCCACCAACAAGAUUCAAGCCAUACUUGAUAAACAGUUUGACAAGCUUCCAGUUACGAAAGAUAUUCCUCGAUUACUCAAGAAAAUAUAUUUAAUAUCGCCAAAAAAGAUCAAUAUACCAUCUCUUCCACAAGAUACUGAUUCAUCAUCAAGUAUCACGCAAUCUCUCUCUGUCCGACAGCAGGACGAUUUGUGGAAGCACAAAACAGAUAUUCCAUUCAAUCCAGAAAAUCAUUCCGAUCUCACAUCUCCCGACGACAUUCCAAAAGAAAUUAUCUUCUAUCAAUUUAUUAGAGCUAUUGUGGAUGAUGUAUUAAAUGCUUCCAGUGAAUUCAAUAUUCCAUCCUACGAAGAGUAUAUUUCACACAUUGAUUUCAAUGACCACCGUACUCUCAAUAACUUUCUCAUGAAUUCCAUCUCCUAUCAUCCCUCUUCUUUGGAACAAGAUGACGAUCAGAAAGACAACUCGAAUGAACCUCUAAGCGGUAAGGAGGAAAACAAAAAUCCUCUACUCUUCCUUCUCAAAUGCUGUCAACAAACGAUUGUCAUUAAUGUUCUGAUGGGUCUUCGUGAAUUCACAAUGAAACACAAAAUUCAUUUUAAGGAUGCUCGUGGAGCUUGGAAAUUAUGGAUAGGAUCCGAUGGUGAUCUAUCUGAUACUUCUACUACUACUACUUCAACUCCUUAUGACACUUUCUACGUUGCUCAUGAGCGCUCGGAACAGCUAUACAUGAAGCGUCUCGAUUGGAUGCAAUCUUACGGAAUAUCUGAUGAAGAAUUGGCGAAAUUGGAAGCUAAUGAUCCAAAAGAACAAGUUAAUUUUUCAAAAGCAGCCAUGAAACAACUUUUCCAAUUCAAGUGGCAAAUCAAGUUAUGCUUUUCUAAGGAAUCUGUAUUGAGUGGUGAAAUACCUCUAGGCGAGAAUGACUUUAAAUUAACUCAUGUCACAAUUUCUCUACUAGGCAUUGAUUACUCGAAUGAAGAUCUCACAGUGAGUCAUCCUCAAUACUGUGAAAAAGAGAUUGCCUUAUUAGAGCAAUAUUUUGACAUGUUCAAAUUUCAGUGUUCGAAUUCAAUCUCAGCUGCUACCGACACAUCCUCUCUUCAGAGUGGUACAUCUGAUCAAUUUCUGGAGUUUUCCAAGAAAGAAAUGUUGGGUUCUCCUUGGGCGUCUCCGAGCACACCUGUGAUAUCAGGAAUGAGCACUUCUCAACUCAUGAAUGGCAGUAAACCUUCGCCACUCACAAAACAAAUUUUCUCAUCGAAAACACCGAUGGAUACUCAGGAGACGCAUUCUGUGGCAACUGUGAGCACUGAAAGUGUUGGUGAUAGUUUUCAGUCCAUAAAAACGUCGGAAGCAACAGUAGAAACAUCAAUCAAAGAGCAGGAAAAAGAGCAUAUCAACAACCAACGAGCCUUUUCAGCAGAGUCCCAAAAAGACGAAACCAAAUAG